GUUGAAUACAUAUACAAAUUAAUGGCGAAUGUUCGAGUUUGACUUUGCGAUAGGCCCGAGUUUCCUUUCUGUUGUUAGUUUGAUGAAGGCAUACAUACAAAGGCGCAGUAUACGCAUGGGUUUGAUUGGAGGCCUUCUGGUUAUGUGUUUCAGACUUAUACAACUUCCAGUGAGUAGUAUGUAAUCAUCGUCUUUCUUUUUCGUUCUUUUUUGCUGAGGAUGAAGUGUUUGAUCGGAGAGUUGGUUGGAUGUGCUGUAUGACUGGAGUGAGCUUGAGAGAAACACGGAGAGAGUAUAUUAUUGAUCGGAGACUGUUUACCAAUCAGCUUGUUUUGGGUUAAGGACUAGGUCUAUGUAGUGAGCAAGGGGGGGGUGUGAGAGACUAGUCAAGUCUGAGACCCCUCCCUCCUCCAUCCCAGCAGCAGCUGCUCCACUUGAAACAACCAACAACCAACCAUCCAACCAACCAACAGACAAACAAUCCAUCAUCAGAAUAGCUUUAUGUAGACUUCUUUAUGCAGUCCAGCUCAACCUGGCCACACUCCGUAACCCCUGCCUGAGCUUCCAACCACCCACUCCCGACGAUGGUCAGCCCCAACUUCCCCGUGCCCGAACGCAUCCCAGGUCAGCUCAUCAGCGAUCAUCAGCAUCUCUACUUCCUCAAACAACAUCUUGCCACCCUCUGUGGUCUUCGCGGUGCUCAAAAAUUCCCGGGCUCUCAACCCGUCAGUUUCACUCAGAAGUCCUUGGAAUUGUUGGAAACUGAAGAUUUCUGGGUAUGUGAAAAAUCCGAUGGAGUUCGAGUGAUGGUAUUAAUAGUAGUCAAAGGGACCGCCCAAGGCCCAGUGCAAGAAGUCUACUUUAUCGACCGGAAAGACGAGUUCUUCCUGAUCGAGAACAUCACCUUUCCUCACUUCGAAAACCCCAAUCGACUGCUCAAAGACACUAUCCUCGAUGGCGAACUGGUUAUCGAUGUCGACCCAAAAACAGGCCAUCAACAAUUGCGCUUCUUAGCAUUCGAUUGCAUUGUAUGGGAAGCAAAUAAUCUCAUGAUGCGACCUCUCAUGAACCGAUACGGCAGAUUAAAAGAUUGGGUGAUAGCCCCACUGAAGAGGCUGAUCGGGAUCCAGCCCCAACUACGAGACAAGAUGCCCUUUGAUGUCCAGCUGAAGACGAUGGAACUCGCUUAUGGGAUCGAUAAAGUGCUCCAUUACGAUCUGCCCAAACUCACGCACGGAAACGAUGGGCUGAUCUUCACUAGCGCGACGGCGCCUUAUCGGAUAGGAACGGACCCCAAAAUAUUGAAAUGGAAACCACCAUCGGAAAACUCGAUCGAUUUCCGUCUCGAACUCAGGUUCCCCCCUCUUCCAGACGACCCUACAGAGGCAGACUUUUAUGCCAAGCCGUUGUUUGUGUUGAUGAUGAAUUGCGGGAAAGAGGGCGAACAGUUCUUCGAUACACUUGAGAUGACUGAUGAGGAAUGGAUCGAACGAAAAGAAAGACGAGAGCAGCUUGAUAAUAGAGUCGUGGAAGUGGUCUGGGAUGCCUCACGGAACACAUGGAAAAUAUUAAGAUUCAGGGAUGACAAGAAGAAUGGGAAUUAUCGGGCUGUUGUUUUCUCGAUCCUUGACAGCAUUCGCGAUGGAGUUGAAGCACCAGAACUGAGCAAGCGGUCAGUCAGGAUCCGUAAGGCCUGGAAGGCUCGAGCACAGGGCCAAAGUUCGACCCCACAAGGGUCUGGAAGUAAAUCACCACCACGAGGCCAACAGCAACAGGACCACAACAACAACCAUUCGAAACCAUCAGCCUCUAAAUCAUCACCCCGGAACUCGAAAGCAUCCCAAAGCAAAUCACCCCCUCAUUCUCGUCAAUCGGCUCCCCCUCCUGCUGCUUCAGGAGGGUCAGCUCCUCCUCCCCCUAAAGUUGUCGCGCCUUCCACUGUCCCUAUUCAAAUCGUCGGCGGGAAUCCUAGAACUAAAGGCAAGAAGAAAAAAAUCACUUUGGCUCAGGUCGGCUCGGUUGCGGCCACUAUGAAAAGAAUUUGAUCCUCCGUCCUCCAACGCCCCCCCGUUUGUUUACAGCAAUGGUAUCUCUUAAUCGAUUUCCUCCCCCCUAUGCAGCACUAUAUAUAUAAGUUUGAUUCCUGUUUAUGCUUUGUUUUGUUAAAAAAAAUCACAUGUGAUUAGGUUUUGUUUUUUUUUUUCGUUUUUUUAAUGGGUUUUGGGUUAAUCUGUCUUUAAAUCUUUUGGGGGGUUCCUUCGGUACACAGACCGAUUGAGUUAUCAUUUAUCAUUUAUCAUAUAUCCUUCUUUCUCUUCUUGACAACUAAAAGGAUGCUUAUAAAGGUUUCAAGCAUCCUACAGAUUAAUUAAUCUUAAGAAAUCCAACUCUGAUGAAGAAUGUCUUUU